AUGGAGGAGAAUGAUCCCAAGCCCAGCGAAGCGGCGGCGGCGGCGGCGGCGGAGGGGCAGCGGCAGCCGGAAUCCAGCCCUAGCGGCGGCUCAGGCGGCGGCGGUAGCAGCCCCAGCGACUCCGAUACCGGCCGCCGGCGGGCUCUGAUGUUGCCCGCGGUCUUGCAGGCGCCAGGCAAUCACCAGCACCCGCACCGCAUCACCAACUUCUUCAUCGACAAUAUCCUACGGCCGGAGUUCGGCCGGCGAAAGGAUGCCGGGACCAGCUGCGUGGGCGUGGGCGGAGGAAGAGUCGGCGGAUCCGGCAACGAAGGCGGCGCGGGAGGCGCGGAGGGAGUCGGCGGCUCGGGCGGCGCGGAGCAGCCCCUGGGAACCGGCACCAGGGAGUCCCGGCAAAACCCGCCCUGCGCGCCGCGCGCCGGAGGGCCGCUACCCACUAGUGGCGGCGACUCCCCGGGUGAUGGAGAAGGCGGCUCCAAGACGCUCUCGCUGCACGGUGGCGCCAAGAAAAGCGGCGACCCCGGAGGCCCCCUGGACGGGGCGCUAAAGUCCCGAGGCUUGGGCGGCGGCGACCUGUCGGUGAGCUCAGACUCGGACAGCUCUCAGGCCAGCGCCAACCUGGGCACGCAGCCCAUGCUCUGGCCGGCCUGGGUCUACUGCACGCGCUACUCCGACCGGCCUUCUUCAGGUCCCAGGUCUCGCAAACCAAAGAAGAAGAACCCCAACAAAGAGGACAAGCGGCCCAGGACGGCCUUCACGGCUGAGCAGCUGCAGAGGCUCAAGGCGGAGUUCCAGACCAACAGGUACCUGACGGAGCAGCGGCGCCAGAGCCUGGCGCAGGAACUCAGCCUCAACGAGUCUCAGAUCAAGAUCUGGUUCCAGAACAAGCGGGCCAAGAUCAAGAAGGCCACGGGCAACAAGAACACACUGGCCGUGCACCUCAUGGCCCAGGGGCUGUACAACCACUCCACCGCGGCUAAGGAGGGCAAGUCGGACAGCGAGUAG